CCGAGCAUCCUGAGCUCUCUGCUGCUGCUGCUGCUCACUGGGACUUUUAAACAUCACAACCUGGAGCUCAGCUGACCCCAAAAACCCACCACUGGAGAAGAGUUUGGCUUUGACAAGAGGGAAGGUAUUUCUACAACAGGUGAAAUAUGAUGAGGUGGAUUGUGUUGCUGUCUGCAUGUCUACAUGUCACCUCAGCAGCAUUUGAUUACCUUUAUGAAGGACACUCGUUGAUGGACCCGGAGGAUGUGCUGAGUGUGAGCAUUCCUUUGGAGGAGCCACAGCGUCCGCUACUAGGGGCAACAUUGCUACUACCGUGUUACUUUGAGGACCACACUGUCCCAGACCCCGGAGCUCCCACCAUUGCUCCACUCGCUCAUCGCAUCAAAUGGAGCCUCGUCACCAAAGAAAAAGUCACGACUAUCCUGGUGGCCUUGGAAGGACAGGUGCGUAUCAGCGAGAGCUACCUGGACAGAGUUCAUCUGGUGGGCUACCCCAUGACUUCUACGGAUGCUAGCAUCAAGAUAUCUGAGUUGCGGUCCAGUGACACAGGAGUCUACCGCUGUGAGGUCCAGCACGGCAUCGAGGACAACCACGACAUCGUCCAUGUGCAGGUUCAAGGUAUGGUGUUCCACUACAGGGCCAUCAUGGGACGCUACACUUUGACUUUUGAAAAGGCGAAAACAGCAUGCACCCAGAACAGUGCGGUCAUGGCUUCACCUGAACAGCUUCAAGCGGCCUACGAUGGUGGAUUCCACCAGUGUGAUGCGGGCUGGCUCUCUGACCAGACAGUCAGGUACCCAAUCCAUGAUCCUCGUGUGAACUGCUAUGGUGACAAAGAGGAGCUGCCUGGCGUCAGGACAUAUGGAGUGAGAGAUCUCAAUGAGACUUAUGAUGUCUACUGCUUCACUGAGAAAAUGACAGGCAGAGUUUUCUACACCGCUGCUGCAGAAAAGUUCACCUUCAAAGAGGCUGUGGUGGCAUGCUCCAAUCAGGGAGCUCAGUUGGCCACUACUGGUCAACUCUACCUGGCCUGGCAGGGUGGGAUGGAUGUCUGUAACGCCGGCUGGCUGGGAGACAGGAGUGUCCGCUACCCCAUCAACAUUCGACGGCCGCAGUGUGGAGGGAGUCUGCUGGGGGUGCGAACUGUUUACCUCCACACAAACCAGACAGGAUACCCACUUCCUGAGUCCCGUUACGACGCCUUCUGCUACACAGAGUCCCCUGAUGAGGAAGGUUCAGGCAUCAUAGAAGAGGGAAGUGGCGUGCUGAGUGUUACUACGGUAACACAGAGCCCAGAGGUGUUCUUCAGGAGGACGACCACAGAGAGCGAGGCGAUCGGAGAGGUGGAGACGCAGCAGCCUACCGUAGUGGACUUCACCUUCACAGAGAGCCCUACCGGGCUGCCGCUGCCUCAGCCGCCCAACAUCACCGAGUUCAUCACUGACCUGAUAGAGGCGGCCACCGCCCGGCCCGACACAGGCCGAGAGCCCAGCAAAGGCUUUGUGAUGCCUCCAACGGGUGUGGUCUUCCAUUAUCGCUCAGGCUCCAGCCGCUAUGCCUUCACCUUCGUUGAGGCCCAGCUGGCCUGCCAGAGUGUCGGAGCCUCCAUGGCCACGCCGGAGCAGCUGCAGGCAGCAUACGAGGCUGAAUAUCACCAGUGUGAUGCAGGAUGGUUACUGGACCAGACUGUAAGGUAUCCUAUUGUUAUCCCUCGACAUAAGUGUGCUGGAGAUCUGGGGGAUCAACCUGGAGUUCGGUCAUAUGGUUUGAGGCCAGCAGACGAGAGAUAUGAUGUGUACUGCUACAUUGAUGGGCUCAAAGGAGAGGUUUUCCAUGUGGGCUCCGCUGAGGGUUUCACAUAUGAUGAGGCUGCUUAUAGCUGUCAAGAGCAGAACGCCAUACUGGCCUCCACCGGAGAGCUCUACACAGCGUGGAAAAUGGGUUUCGACAAGUGCCGUGCUGGCUGGCUAUUGGAUCGUAGCGUCCGCUAUCCCAUCAACAACCCCCGCACUGGGUGUGGAGCUGGAAAAUCAGGAGUACACACUGUGUACGCUCACGACAACCAGACAAGCUAUCCUGAAGUCGAUGCCAGAUUUGAUGCAUACUGUUUCAGAGCGGAUAUUCUACUUAUUGCAAAUGAAACUGGACUGAACAUCACAGAUAUCCAGGAGGCCCUGCUUAACCUAACGUCAAUUACUGAUCUGCUGAGGCCUGCUGUUCCUUCCAUCGUCUCUCCCAUCCCUGUGGAUACUUCAGGCUCUGGCUCAGGCUCAGCAGAAUUCGGCUCAGGGUCUGGGGUUGACGGUGCCUCUGGGGGUUACUCUGGAGACUUGUCUGGAUCCGGAGACUUGUCUGGAUCUGGAGACCAGGUAACCACAGGAGAUCUGUCUGGAUCCGGAGAUCUGUCUGGAUCUGGAGACCGAGUAACCAGUGGAGAUUUGUCUGGAUCUGGAGAUCUGUCUGGUUCUGGAGACAGGGUAAUCUCUGGAGAUCUGUCUGGUUCUGGAGACUUGUCUGGUUCUGGAGACAGGGUAAUCUCUGGAGAUCUGUCUGGUUCUGGAGAUCAAUUCACCUCUGGAGACUCGUCUGGUUCUGGAGACCUGGCCGGCAGUGCCAGUGCUGAGCUACCCAGUGGAGCGUCAGGCUUCAGCAGUGCAGAUGCUUCUGGAUCAGCUCUCAGUGGAGAAGGAUCCGGCAUCACUGUUGUUUUUUCGGGCAUUGACAGCAUUGUCUCUGCAGAGGGCUCAGUUUCAGGAGGACUCCAAGAAGCUGGAGAGGGAAGCACAGGGAUCUUUAUCUUCCCUUCAUCUGAAUCAGGCUCUGGAGUGCUUAGUGGAAGUGGGGACCUCUCUGAAUUUGGAUCUGGAUUAAACUCUGCAGAGAGUGGAUCUUCCAGCUCUGCAAGUGGACAGUUCUCUGGCAUGCCGUCCGGUUUUAUCACCAACCAGGACUUUUCUGGAUUCAGUGGUUUACCAUCAGGAUUCUCCUCUGGAAGUGCUAGUGGACAGUCAGGAGAGCUUUCAGGAAGUGGAGACAUUCAGAUUUUACUGAUAGAUCGUGAACUGAUUGAUGCGUCCACCCCUAGUACCAACAAGGAGUAUGUGCUUAGUGGAGGCCUACUGUCGUUCAGUGGCUCUGGAGACAUUUCAGGAUCUGGGAUUCACAGUGGCUCGGCCUCUGGAAGUGGCUCUGGGUUCUUCUCGGGAUCAGGGUUCACUGACAUGACAGUGUCAUCCUCUGGAGAGCAGGAGGCCUCUGGGUUUUUACUCCACAGCUCUGGACAGGAAAGUGGUGGACAUUUGUAUUCUGGAUUUGGAAGCUCAGGUUUCCUCUCUGGGUCUGGAUCGGGAAUGUCUGGAUCGGGAAUGUCUGAAUCAGGAAUGUCUGAAUCAGGAAUGUCUGGAUCUGAGUCCUCAACAAGCGGAGAAGAAGGCAGUGUUACAUUUUUGACUGGGGAUUUUUUGACAGAGGUAUCCGGAGACGCUACACUGUCUAUGGAGCUUGGACAGGGGUCGGUGGAGUACAGCGGAGAAGGAAGCAGUAGCAGCAGUGGCUUCUACUCCGGCAGCGGAGACACCAGCUUGUCCGCAGCCAGCGGCACUUUUUCAGCGGCUUCCUCUGGUGAUAUGCCACAGGUGCUGGUGCAGCUCUCUCCAUCCAGUGAGUUGUCACUGACAGAGAGCACCACAGGACCAGAGGAGGCCCUAAGUGGGGCUGAACUGUCACAGAUCCCUAGUGGCAUCUAUGGGACUCCCCACCCUGUGCGUGCCCCCGCAGGACUGGCUGCUCCUCCCACCGCAGCUACACCAGCCUCUGUGCAGGCACCAGGCGAUGGUAAAGAAACAGAUUCAGUGGAGGGUGGUUUUAACCCAUGUGAACCCAACCCUUGUGGAGCUGCUUCAUGCACCGUAGAGGGCGGGGUUGCUCUCUGCCAUGAGGUUGAUGUGUGCCAUCCCAACCCUUGUGCCAAUGGAGCCACCUGUGUGGAGAGCGCAGACUCUUACAAAUGCUUAUGCCUGCCCAGCUACGGAGGGGAACACUGUGAGAUCGAUGAGCAGCAGUGUGAAGACGGUUGGACUAAGUUUCAGGGGAACUGCUACCUGCACUUCUCUGACAGAGAGGUGUGGCUGGACGCAGAGCAGCGCUGCCGGGACCUGAACGCCCACCUGGUCAGCAUCAUCACCCCAGAGGAACAGGACUUUGUCAACUCAAACGCACAGGACUACCAGUGGAUCGGGCUGAAUGACAAGACAGUUGAGAAUGACUUCCGCUGGACAGAUGGCACUCCACUGCAAUUCGAGAACUGGAGGCCGAACCAGCCAGAUAAUUACUUCAACUCUGGAGAAGACUGUGUGGUGAUGAUCUGGCAUGAGAAUGGCCAGUGGAACGACGUGCCGUGCAACUACCACCUGCCGUUCACCUGCAAGAAAGGCCCAGCGUCCUGUGGCGCCCCGCCAGAGGUGGAGAAUGCCCACAUGUUUGGUAACAGGAGGGAGGAAUACCCUGUCAACGCCAUCAUCCGGUAUCAGUGCAACCCAGGCUUUACACAGCGCCACCCUCCCGUGGUUCGCUGUAAAGCAGACGGACUGUGGGAGAAACCCCAGGUGGAAUGUACUGACGUGAAAGCCAGAAAAAGGAUACAGCGGAGGAGCAGCAGGAGUCUGGCAGCCAGCAGCAAGCUUCACUAAAGAGGGAUAAAAAGAAAAGAGGAAUUAAACUAUUUAAGAACAUUUGCAGCACACGGAAAUCCAUUUUCCAUUUUAGUGAAGAUGAUUCGAGGUUUUAAAUUGUCGGAAGGCUACAUCAUAGUUUGAUCCCCUGUCCUUCAUAAUAUAUUUUAAUUAUAUAUAAUUAUUGUAUUGCUCUGAGUUGAUUUGCAUCGUGUGUUUUGUUAUAUAAUUUUGUUUGGUAAAAUCAUUGCUGGGAUUCUUUGUUCCACAUGAGUUUUCUAGAAGGCAGCAUCUGUCUGGUUCACUGUAGUCUGCUGUAGAUCUGUACCACAGAGAUGAGGCACGUUAGGAUCUGCUGUAAAACUAGUUGAUGGUGUGAGACAUCAACAAGUUAUAUGUUUGUGUACCCGUAUGGCAUAGCUUAUCGUUAUAUCUGUCAGAAGAAAAACACAGCAGGGGAAGAUACUCCUUUGGUUUGUUAAAGGGAAAUACUGGUGUUUUUAAAGUUCACAUCAAUCAAUCAUCCCAGUUUCCCUGCUGGUUUCUGUCCUUCCUGCUGGUUUCUGCACUCAGUAAGUGUAGCUAAAGGUCAAGCGGCAACCUCCGGUGGUGAAAAAGGAUGCCAAGGCUUGAGGCUGGCUCCACAAGGGAGUCAGUCCCCAUAGACCCAAUCACAAAGUUUGUUUGCAAUAAGUUCACCAGUAGAAAACCCCUGCGUCCUGUACAUACAAUUUAAAGGUGCACUAUGAGUUCCUGCAUGGUUUCAGUGCGAUUUCUUUUUUAAAAAAAUGUCCUUGAUCCGCUAGCUGCCUGCGCCCUGAGUACGGAGGGGGUGGGUGGUUAGUGCGUCUUUUUCACUGAAAUUAAUGGCGCUUUUCCGUUACAUGGCACCUACUCAACUCGCCUCGACUCUACUCGCCUUUUUUGGUUUUCCAUUACGAAAAAAAGUACCUGGUACCUGCUAAC